AUGGACGUUGCCUCAAAAGACGCCACAUGCCAGCCCCCGCUCGCAUCCGCAGCUACGCAGCUUGCAUACAUGCCCGAUGUAGUGGUCCUCAACAUUGUCGACAUGCUCCUCGACGAUGAUGGCGUUGCUGGUUAUCUUGAGAGGGUCGAAGAAGGCUACGAUGUCUGUAAGGAGUGCAGCCCGGAUUAUAGGCGCAGCAGGGGAGUGCAUAUUGCCACCAACUUGGCAAGAGUUUGCAUGCGGUUCUACAACAUCGUCAGUCCAGCAGUCUUCAAACAUGACAUUCCGCAGCAUUACGCAUCUUCAUUGCUACUAUCGGCCAAAAGAAACAACAUUGAGGGUGUCUCAGCUUCAACGCGCCACGGCGCCAAUAUCAAUCAGACUGAUAGGUCGUUGAUACAUAUUCACGAGGAGGAAAUAAUGGAGGAACAUCGAUUCGAGCGCUCGUUGUUUCCGGUUGAAACAUCUUUGACUGCACUGCAUUGGGCGUCACUAUACGGAUACACAGAUGUGAUACAUCACCUGCUCAAAUUUGGCGCCGAUGUCCAGCAAAGGGCCGACCUGGGCUUCUAUCACUACUUCGACCGCGACCCGUAUGUGAACAGCUGGCAGAAGUUUGAAACCGACGAGGAUGACCCUCAUCGAGCUUUGUUCUGCGCAACUAUGGCAAAAUGCAGGAAGCGGAUAGAUCGGAGCUCGGCCCCAAGCCGAGAACCAUUACCUUUGCCAAUGGGCGCCAAUCCGCUGUUCUUCGCCUUGAGAGGCAGUUUUGACAGCGACAACCGCGAGUUAUGGGAGGCAACGUCUACAACAUACUACAGAUUCGGUACUGUCCCUUUUGUAGCCGACGACGCAAGCGUCUCACGUCUCGAGAUUGUCAAGGCUUUGAUCAAGGCCGGGUCAUCCCUGGUUACUCACGAGAAAGACAAUGUCCAUGCCUUACACCAAGCCUGUGCCUACCGAGACCUUGACGUGGCUCAGUUUCUCCUGGACGAAGUAGGGGUUGAUCCGAAUACUGAGGAUUCAAAAGGCAAUACACCUCUUCACUACGUGGCUACCAAUCAGUAUAACCAUUUUAUAACCCAUGUUAUGACAGGACUGAUAAGAGCCAUGAGCCCAGACAACGUACACAAGACAUUGUGA